UCAACUUGAUAUUACCAAAUACCACAUGUUCUUGAUAUAAACGUUGAAAAUUAUGAUAGGUUACAAUACUUGUUUUUAAAGAAACUGAAAUGGAUAUAGUCAACGAAAUUUUAGAACGGGAACAGAAGAAAGCGGAGAAAUAUAAGCCUAUCACUGUUGAGAAGCAUUUAGAUGUUGAAUUUGAUGUCGGCACACUUGCAGCUUAUGACACAAAUGAUUUAGAAAGCAAGCCACUGAAAUCAGAAAAAGACAGAGACGCGUAUUUGCAAGCGUUAACACGCGAUAACACACAAUUAUUGCUGAACAAAAUAUGGGAGCUACCAACAGAGAGGAUAGAGGAAGCCAUUGUAGUGCGCCUACCCCAACCCACGUCUGUAUUACCGCGAGCUAAACCAGUCCCCAAACCUAAGCCUCUGACCAAAUGGCAAGAGUUUGCUAAAGCUAAGGGAAUAACUAAACAGAAGAAAUCCAAGUUGGAAUGGGAUGAACAGUUACAAAAAUGGGUGCCUUUAUAUGGUUUCAAAAAAUCUGCUGCGGAAAAGGAGAAGAAUUGGCUAAUUGAAGUGCCGCAAAACUUAGAUCCUAUGACAGACAUGUAUGAGAAGAAAGCUUCGGAGAAAUCUGAGAAAGUCGCCAAGAAUGAGCUGCAGAGAUUGAAGAAUAUUGCCAGAGCUAGAAAAGUCAAAAUACCACGAGUGGGAAUUCCAAUCACUUCAGACAAAGCUACAUCUUCACAGUUAGCCACAGCCACAACUGUAGCAAAGGCCUCCACUGCGUCAUUGGGAAAAUUCCAAGACAAACUUCCUAAGGAGAAAGAAGCUAGAGGAAAAGGAGUACAUGAACUCAUCCCUGGAAAGGAGAGGAAAAGGAGACUCCCAGUGCCUACUCCUCAAGUGGAGAAGGAAAACAAUCUAAGCAUGAUUGACAGGAUCUUAAAGAAACGGCCCAAACUUGAUAUGGAAAAGGCUGUGUCGAAACAUAUACACCAAGAGCAAGUCCAGAGAUCGGAAGAGAAAAAGAACUCAAAACCAAUGAAAGGGCCACGUAAGGCAAAGGGUAAGGGAAAUGCCACAAACUUCUCUGCUAAGAAACCCAAAGCUGGAAAGGGACAGCGGAAUCCUAACAAAAAGAAUCCUGGAAGGAAGAGGCGGUGAAGUAGUUAUAAGUCAAAAACCUUAUAAAACAUAUUAUACUUUA